CGAACAAUGUUGUCCACCCCUCUGGCGGGAUCAGUGAAACGUCAAAGCAGUACUGGAUUGAAAACAGUGAAGGUUGCACGUGAUGUUGUGUGUGAGAGUAGAUUUCUUUGACUAGGAAAUGUAAUUAGUACAUCGCUUACGUCCAGUUGGCCGAAUAUGCUGUAUGUUUACACUUUGAGAGGUACAAUAUCUGCAUCCGAUAAAAAGGAUAGAAAUGGCUUCAUUAUGCGCUCGCAUUAUACGUCGGGGCAAAGAAUCAAGUAUUGCAGGCGAUGCAUUUCUCAUGAAACGUUGCAGAUGACGAGUCUUGCAUCUGUACAGCCACACGAAUGUCAUUUAGUGAUUGACUGUUACUAAUGGUCGUGGAAAUUCUAAUGAAAAAGUGUAGGAGUUCUAGCUUAAAGGUUGUGUAGUGGUUGGACGCAAACGGUAACUCCUCCCACGGUGUUAUCAAGGAUGGGCAUCUUCCAGGACAUGUGCGCUGACACCUUCAAGGAAUUGUGGUGUGUCUCUGGACGAAGGAGGGAGAGGGAGAGAGGAGAACUGUCAAAAAUUGCAAGUUUGAAGGACAGAGAUUGUAAUGAAAGAGAAAGAGGAAAGAAGAAAUUUGAACGCAAAUGAUCUGGUGAUCUCUAAAAUUGAUAUUCUGACUCGUCAAAUUUCAUCGCGGCCUGCUCUUCAGAGCAAGAGCCCGUGCUGGCGCGAAGCCAGCGAAAACUAAUAAGUCAGGAAAGUAUAUUUUCGUUUGUGAAAGUGAAGUGAAAGUGGUACAUAGAUAUAAAAAGAAAGCAAGAUAACAGACACAGCAGCUGUCUCUGCUGUCGUAUUCGGUAAAGAAAACAGUGCAUGGAUAUAAAAAGGAGAAAGGAUUAUAAUUCGCCCGCUAUCUCACGGACGGCGAAUAUGACAACAUAAAGCUCCACACUCCCGACUCUCGCCAGCUCCCACGACGUUCGUCCGCAAAACAGGAUGAAGUUGGACGGGAGGAUGGAAGAGAGUGAGAUCGCAGACAAAACUCUCAGCUUCAUCCUGGCAACGGCUGUCUCGCUCGUCCGCGAGAAGGAGGAAGAGGAGGACGAGGUCGUCGGCCUCAACAGCUCCCUCUUCAACGCCUCAGCAGACGUCGUGGAAGCUCUGAUGAACUCCUCAGGGACGGGAGCCGCCGGGGACAAGAUCGUCCGCCACCUACCGCCGCUGUACGAGGUCCUCAUCGCCGGCUGCUACUUCUUCGGCAUCACGGGAAACCUGGCUGCUUUCUACAUCAUUACCAAGAAUGAGACGCAGCGUGGCAGGAAGCAGACCUUCAUGCUGCAGUGCUUGGCGGGGAACGACCUCCUGGCUCUGCUCGGUUCCUGCGUCCAGAUGUUCAUGCAUCUCUACCUGCCGGUGGCCAAGAUGAAGUGGUUCUGCGCCUUCAGGGUCGUCUGGAGGGCCUUCGGACUCGGCUCCGGAUGCGUGUCCGUCGUCAUGGCCGUCGACAGGUGGCUGGCUCUCUCGCAGCCCUUCUUGUACCACGAGCGUGUGACCUACGCCGUGAUCUGCCGCUCGGUCAUCGGUCUGUGGGUCUUCAACCUGAUGCUGGUGUGCGCGCCCUUCGUGGGCUUCGGCCUCUGGUACGACGUGGACUCCGACAAGGGCGUCACCGCCUGCGUUCGGUACAGGCAUGGCAUCACGCCCGUCGACAGGGCUUACGCCUUCCUCGUCUUCGCCUUCGGAAUGACGAUGUGCGCGGUCAUAGUGCGGUGCAACAUCUCCGUGAUUCGCGAGUUGUUCCUGAUGAGGAAGGACUGCAUGCCCCGCCGUCACUCCAGGUCCUCCUGCCGGAGUUCGACGUCCUUGGGAGGCCCUCCGAGGAACCACCCGACCAUGGAGGAGCUUUCUUUGUCCCGGCUGAUGGUCGUGAUAAGCAUCUUCUUCGUGGUGUGUUGGGUCCCCCAGCUGGUGACCAUUAUUUUGGCCCAGCUGGAAGGAACCAUCCCACGCAUCGAAGGGAAGUGGUAUCGGAUUGCGGAUGUGUUUGUCGCCAUGAACUUCGCCUUUGAUCCGUACGUGUACGUGAUACUCCGUCGCCAGAGACGCUGUGGCAACCGCCACGUCCGGAAGCUGGCGUCCUACAUCUGUCCCAUGGGAUUCAAGGGUCCUAACAGUUCCUUCAUCCACAGCUCCAGCAGAUCUCACAACUCCAACAACUCAAAUAGCUACUCCAGGAACAGUCAGCUCGAGGAGCGAGAUAACAGCAUAGUCAUGAAGGUAAGGAAUCCGAAACCGGUAAUGGCAGUAAGCACACGGUAUCCAUCAAUUGCCCAAGCAGUGAAAAGGAGUAUGUACCCCUCCAUCUCCUUUUGUCAUCCUCAUCUACUGACCCCACACAGUCAGAGCAAUCCAACUCUCUGCAGUCACUCCAUCAGAAUCACUUACCACAAAUUCCAAACUCUGAAUCGUCUCCAAUCCUUAAAGAAGAAACAGAGCAGCCCUCCAGUCCAAAUGGUUUUAGCAAAUGAGAAGCAAGUGAAUGGGGCAAAUGUAGAAGUCCAGAAUGAGGUCAUUCGUGUAAACCAGAUAGCUGAUUAUACAGAAGCAGAGACUGAAUUUACGAUUUUCGAAGACGAGAGUACCAUGACAACUUCCAUUCUGCAAAAUGAUGAGCAUUCGCCCACUCUCCUUAUAGGCAGAUAUGUGAAGAGUAAAUCUUUGAUCCCUUUACCUGAAAACAGUAUAUAUAGUGAUAGUGAUGAUGAUGCUCGAUCAGUGAAAACUAACAAGCGUUGGUCCUUUUGCUAUGGUCAGGAUGUAAAAUGCAAUGUUUUCUGGAGAGAAAGUAACUCAUUGGCAUUAGAAAGAAAGUGGUUUCCACAUUCAUGGCACCAAGUAGUGUUUCCUCGAAGAAACUGCUAUAGUACUUUUCACCGAAAACAGUUUAGAUUGUAGAGAAUUAUUUUGAAAUGGUACAUACACAGUGGCUUAUUCUUUGUGAAAUAUUGAGCAUUGCAAGGUUAGCAAGAAAAAAUUGAAACAGAAAGUGCUCAUGAAUUGAAGUGCCCUUUGACACUGUUUUCAAAAUGUGCAAGUGUCUGUUAUGCUCUUAGGCAUCCAUAAUAUGUGCCCUAAUGGAAAUUGUCUGGUGGUGUUGCUUAAUGUGACAAAAUUGAACAAUGUUGACAAUAAGAAAUGUAAAGGAUCUGUGUCUUCCUGUUGAUGAAGGUGGUUAAGUUAUAAAUUCAAGAAAUGUGAGGAAGACAGUGAAGCAGGUGCAGAAACAAAAAUAUUUUACAGAUUUUAUACAUUUCUAAAUUAAGAGAACAAAGCAAGAUAGCUUUUGAAAUGCUUAAUGAAAAAAAAAAGGUGGUUAUUUUUACAGUUUUAUGGAAACUGUAUAGUACCUUCUAUAGAAGUACAGUAGUUUAUUGUAUUUGUCCUGCAGUAGGAACAUGUUUCAAGUUACCUGUAUUUCUUUUAGCAUCGAAAUACAGUUCCUGUGAACACACUCUCUCUCUCUCUCUCUCUCUCUCUCUCUCUCUCU